UCAGCAUCUCAGAGCUCAAGGUCCAAGACGCUCCUCCGCCAGCGUCUGUCUCAGCUGCUCACCUGCAUAGAGGACAUGAGCUCUGACGAUGAGGCCAGUGAGGAGGUUUCGCGCACUCUGGAUGAAGCCUUUCAGCUAUGUGGGCGCUACAUUCCCUCAGACGCAUUCAGGCUGCAUAUGGUCACCUGGAACGUUGCCACGGCAGAGCCUCCUGAAGACGUCACCGCUUUGCUGCAGCUCGACGUCCAGCCACCCACAGACCUCUAUGUGAUCGGCCUCCAGGAAGUGAAUGCCACCCCUGUGAGGUUCAUCUCUGACCUGCUGGUGGAGGACUCCUGGAGUCAUGUCCUCAUGGACACACUGGCACCCCGAGGCUUUGUCAAGGUCACAUCAAUAAGGAUGCAGGGUUUGCUGCUGCUGAUUUUCGCCAAACAGGCUCAUCUUCCCUUUAUCCGAAACAUCCAGACCACCUACACUCGCACCGGCAUCUUUGGCUACUGGGGAAACAAAGGAGGUGUGUCCGUGCGUUUCUCCUUCUACGGUCACAUGGUGUGUUUCCUAAACUGCCACCUCGCCGCUCACAUGAACUACGCGCUGCAGCGUGUUGAUGAGUUUGAGUACAUCCUGGAGAAUCAAGAGUUUGACAUCUCAGAUGCGCCAUAUAUCCGGGACCAUAGGGUGGUGUUCUGUUUGGGUGACCUGAAUUUCCGUAUCGCAGAUCACGGCUUGCACUUCCUCCGCUCAUCCAUCAGGCGGACGACUUCAUUGCUGUGGGACAGGGACCAGCUCCUCAUGAUGAAGAAGAAGGAACCUUUCCUGCAGGAAUUUGAGGAAGGGCCGUUGAACUUCAAACCCACCUACAAGUUUGACCGUAACUCUGACACUUAUGAUACCAGCUCUAAGAAGACAUGGUUGCGUUUUAAUGGUAAGAAGAGGAAACCUGCCUGGACUGAUCGGAUCCUCUGGCGCAUCAAACCCAAAACUCCUCCAUCAGAGAAUAAUGAAGAUGAUGAAAAGGCAUCGACUUCUGCUGAUGAAGAAAUCGAUGAGUAUCCACUCUUGGUCACUCAGGACAAAUACACCAGUGACAUGAGCUAUGGAGUCAGUGACCACAAGCCUGUCAUCGCAACCUUCAGUGUGGAGAUGAGGAAGCACUUCGACACACCACUGGUGCACAUUUCUCCUCUGGGCGUAUGGAGUGCCGACUUGGAUGCACUUCUUACCUACACCGUCCAAGAGGAUUUCGAGUCCUCCACAUGGGACUGGAUUGGCCUCUACAAGGUGGGAUUCAAGAAUGCAUCCGAUUAUGAAACCUUUGUUUGGGUGAGAGAGGAAGACUUGCCUGAGAUAAAUGAAGUCAUACAGAUAUCUGUGGAUAAGAAUCACAUCCCACUGCUGGGUGGGCAGUAUCUUUUGGGUUACUUCAGCACAAACAUGCAGAGCAUCAUAGGCAUCAGUGCUAACUUCCAGAUCCUGGAGUCAAAGCGUGCUGUAAUGGAGGGUCUCGUCCCUGAGAACAUCAAUGGGCUCAACAAAUAAAACAAAAUCACCACGCUGCCACAUCUUCAUCCUUCCCCCCAGGAAACUCACCAAGACUUGAAUUAGACUUUCAAAAUGCCCCAACAUCAACUCUGAUGGGCCGGAAAUAGCCAUCACUCUGUGCCACUAUUUGGACUGGAAACAUAUUUUUUUGUUCCCAACUUUGCCUUUAAAGAGUUCACAUUAAGAUGAACUUGCUCUUGCAGGAUUAAGCGUAUAAAUAGCAGGCUAAACGCUGUAAUGAGUGGUUGUCUAACUUAAGCUUUUCCUGCCUGUUAGAGCACAAAAAAUGAAGAAAAAUAUUUGUGAAGUAGUGGACAUGCACUGCAGGUCAAAACAGUCCUUGGUUUAGUUGUAUUGGGCGAUAGUUUUAAAUGUUCUGGUUUUGUUUACAGUGAGAUGAUUGUACAAUACAUUGCAAGAAAAAUCUGUUGAUGCAGGCAUCUAAGGUCAUGAUAAGAAAGGUCCAAUUUAUGAGUAUAAUAAAGUCUUGUUUUAGAUCAUUUUUAACAAUUACUGUACCUAAGUGGGAGAAAGAUUAAAUAUAAAUAUAUGAUGUGGAUGUUGAUGUAGAUUCCAGUCCUAUAAUGCUUUAUAACAAAUGAAGUACAUGUGAUUAUUUAAGCCUCAUGUGUAACAUAAAGGCUCUGAAAUGGUCAACAGAAUCAUAAUGAGAUUAUAUUUUGUAAUGAGUAUGAGUUCAAAGUGUUUAAUGAUUUUAAUUAUUAUUUAUCUAUCACACUCUAAGCCUCUCAGCUGUAGCUUUUUACAUCAGUUGGAUAUCAAGUUUCCUUCUUAUUGUACUGGAAAGUGAUUAUUUUUGUCAAAGAAAAACAAAGUGUCAAAUUUCUGUGUGUUUUGUGAGUAUGCAUGUGAUAGUGAAAUAGACUAUGUUGAUUGAUGAACUGAUCGAAAGAAUAAAAUAAAA